ACCAACCAAAAGCAAGCAGAGGCGUAUUUUCCGUCACAGAGGGAAGUUUGAAUUUUAUCAUGUGAUUUACACUCUUAUACUAAUGACUGUAAUGUAAUUUUAUUAAAAACCCGGCUACCCAAGGACUAUGUGUUUUAGCUUACGGAGUGAGAAGACUAGAAAAAGCUCGUGAUAAAGUGAGUCUAAUGGCAGUUAACGUUACUGAAUUUGCCAAGCCAGUAGCAACAGACCGCUAAUUCAGAGCUCUUUAAAUCGCCAUUUUAAAAUUUCGAUUUUACUUAAUCCUGGCUGCGUAAUACACAAUAAUGAAAGCGAUGAAAGAGGAGACUACCGAAAUGAAACAGAUUCACGACGACAAAGACCUCAUCUGCAGUCUUUGUAAGAGAUGUGACAACAUUCCAGAGAAGUAUGGAGAGAAGAUCACCCUUCAGCAGCACAACCUGACAGUCCACUAUUUCUGUUUGCUGAUGUCUAGUGGAAUAUGUCAGAGAGGGGAGGAGGAUGAAGACGUUCAUGGUUUUCUCGUGGAUGACAUAAAAAAGGAGAUCCGCAGAUCGUCGAGGCUGAGAUGCAUGAAGUGCAAAAAGGUUGGUGCUUCGGUGGGGUGCUCCAUCAAAAGUUGUCGGCAAAUGGUCCACAUGCCUUGUGGAUUAGAGCAGGAGUUUAUUUUCCAGUUCACAGACUUGUUUCCGUCUUUCUGUAAAAAGCAUGCACCUAGUCAGUCCUGCGUCUCCAGCCCCAGUCUGCCACUCUCUUGCUCCGUCUGUCUGGAGCCCAUCGACCCCGUCCUCUCCUAUAAUGUCCUCAAGUGUCCUGCAUGUCAUGGCAGCUGGUUUCACAGAAACUGUGUACAGCAUUAUGCACACAGCGCUGCCAUGUUUUUCUUCAAAUGCACAUUGUGCAAUAACAAGGACCAGUUUCAGCAGGAAAUGCUCAGAAUGGGAAUAUAUAUACCAGAGCGGGAUGCAGCAUGGGAACUUGAGGAGAAUGCAUAUGAAGAUUUAUUGCAAGUGUACCAGCACUGUGAUGCUGUGAAGUGUCACAGUCACAAAGGUCGUAAAUACAGCUCACAGUCAGGGUAUUUUGAAAUUGUUCGUUGCAAGUUGUGUGGGUCCAGGGGAACUCAUCGAAAAUGUUCCAACCUUAAGCUUUACGAAAGCGACUGGAUCUGUGCUGACUGUAAAGCUGCUGUUGAGGGAAAAAAGUCAGUGCCUUUGCCAAACCAUGUUGAAUCCCCACUGGCUGUAAGGCAAGAGAGGAAGAGGCUGUUUAAAAACAUCUCUGACCUUCACUCUUCACUCAUCAGUAAAAGGCAAUGUGUUCCUGCCACUUCUCCAGAGGUCUUAAUGGAUCUGGCCCAUCAGAUAUCACAGCAGCAGUCUACAGAGGUGCUAGUGGAAGAUGAUGAUGGGGUGAUGGAGGCAGCUCUGCGGGUUCUGCGGGUUCUGCGGCAAAGUGACUUUAAUCCCUGUUGCACGCUUUCUGUGAAAUUCUCCCAAGACAAACAUAGCAACAACAUUAGGAAUCAGCGUCGCUUCCUCAGACGUCUUGUUUCAAAACUGCAGAUGGCAGAAAUCUUUGAGGGCCCUGAUGGAUCUAAAAACCUGGCUCUGAACUCAAAAGCUCUGAGGGAUGACCUCUACUUUGAAGUCGGCAGUCUGUUGGCCCUCUCUUUGGUUCAUGGAGGUCCUCCUGUGGGCUUCUUCUCUCCAGCACUGUACCAUAGUCUGUUUAACUACCCCACAAACUACAGGCCUACUUUACAAGACCUUGGAGACACUGCUUUUGCACACAAAAUCCGACAGAUUGCAGAAGCAAAGUCAAUGAAGGAGCUGAGAAUGGCAAUGCAGUCAGCAUCACAGUAUUUGGAAGCAGCCGGUUGCUGGCGAAAGAUCAGAGAACUCCCAGAGAAGGACAUGCUGGUGGAGGAUGUACUAAAUUUCUACCUGAUCAUCAGACUACAGCUGCCUCUGCAGAGAUUUCGUGAGGGUUUGAGGACACUAGGACUGUUUGAGCAGGUUCAGAUGUGUACAGAGGCUUUCCAUUCAGUCUUCUGUGGGCCUGUGGAAAGGCUGACGGCCAAAUCUGUCAUGGAGCUCUUUACCGUCCGGUUUUCAGAAGAAAAAGAGCAACAAGAAAAAGAGAACACAACAAUACACUUUUGGAAAAAGUAUCUGCAUGAGUGUGAAGAGGGUCAGUGUGCAGCACCACUUGAGGACCUCCUAACAUUCACCACUGCUACAGAUUUGGCUCCGUCCAUUGGAUUCCAUCCCACUCCAUCUAUUUCAUUCUUCAGCUCACCAGACCCCUCGUGUGCCUUUCCUCAGAGCCACUGGGAUGCCAAUCAUCUCUUUCUGCCAAUACAACCCUCAUAUGAGCUCUUCAAGAAACACUUGGAUUACACAGUGUGUCAGUUCUCAGUUAUGCAGGGCAUUUAAAAAAAAAAA